AUGACGCGAUCAUCGUCAGCGGAACCAAUGAAGCCCUCUUCGUCGUCCUCCAAGCGAAAGGGAACCCGAAGCGUCUCUACCUUGACGCCAUCACAGCUUGCUCGCAAGAGAGCCAACGACAGAGAAGCUCAACGAGCUAUCCGUGCUAGAACCAAGGAACAUAUUGAACGCCUUGAAAGAGAACUUGAGGACCUUCGAAGCACCCAAAGUCGAGACAAGACUGUCCAAGAUCUUAUGCGCCGCAACAAGGCCCUCGAAGAUGAGCUUCGCCAGCUCAAGGAGUCCAUGGGGGUCUCCAUGACAUCUUCUCCUUACUCCGGCCCAACAGGUACGAACACGACCUACUCGACGCUGGUCGCUCCCGUCGACGACUACGAGGCUUCCUCCUCUUCCUCCUCCUACCUGCACCUAGCGUCGCAGCCGCAACCGAAGCAACUGCUAACCCCGUGUCCCUCAGCCUACAACGAUGACAACUGCGGCGCUAUCCCCAGUCCCAGAAUGUCCCCUCUCCCCUCAGGAGGAGCCGACUACAUCUCAGACUACAGCCAAGCGACCCAGCAGUACGUGCCCAUGCCCAACUGUGAAGCAUGGGCAUCCGCCAUUCCCUCCAGCGUUCCCAGCCCUUCCUCGUCGGUCAACACGGACGAGUAUGGCCCAGCCGCCGGGUACAUUCCCACCAGCGUGCCUAGCUCCAUGAUGGGCACCGCCGGCAUCGGUCUCGUUGACGGCAAGGAGGUCAAGGUUGAAUUUGAGGGUAUGCACGACAUGAUGGCUGCGCAAGGCUAUAUGCAACAGACUCAACAACAGCGACCCCAAGGAUGGAACAUGUAUCCUGGCGUGUACUACGAUGGUUCCCAAAACGCCGUCAUCUCGCGAUAA